AUGAGUCCAGAGGACCGUUUGAAAACAGUAAGAGAAAACCACGCAUGUUUCAGUUGUCUUAAGAAGGCCGGACGCGAUCACAGAGCAUCAAACUGUAGCAGAAGGAAGCAGUGUACACAGACAAUAAGUGGCGUUCAAUGUAAAUAUUAUCAUCAUAUUCUUUUGCAUCCUUCAAAUUCUGCAGCAUCAGUGGGCGUAGCAUCGGUAGAAAACAACACGGAAGCAAUGCUGCCAGUUAUAACAGUGAAGAUAUCUGGAAAGAACAAUCGACACAAACAAGGGAACAUUCUACUCGACUCUGGAGCACAAAUAAGUCUGAUUUGCACAAGUACAGCAAAGAAUUUGGAUUUAAAGGGAAAGGAUGUUUCGAUAACUAUUAGAAAAGUGGGCGGUGAAGAAGAAAUGUUGGCGACAAAAGUAUAUCAAGUUCCCAUUACGUCAUUGGAGUCUGGUGCGAAGUUCACAGUCAAAGCUGUUGGAAUUCCACAUAUUAGCGAUGACAUUUCAAAUAUCAAUAUUGAUGAAAUGGUAAAAGGAAUUGGAAUUCCUGAAGUGAAAAUUUACCGAGAAUGUGGCCCAAUCGAUAUGCUUAUUGGGAUUGAUCACGCUUAUAUGCAUACUGGAGAUUCAAAGAAAGUCGGUAACGUUGUUGCGAGACAUUCACCUCUUGGUUGGAUUAUUUUUGGAGCGAUACCAGGCUUGCAGCAAACCAGUAGAAUAUUUCAUGUCCAGUAUACAAGACCUGUAGAUCUCACUGACUUUUGGACGAGCGAAGCAAUGGGA